AUGACUUUUGCACAAUUUUUGAUUGACGCGUUUGCUCUUAUCCCACGACUCAAUUUUCAAUUUCAAUGGACCAAAGAUAUUUUUAAUUUGAAUUGGAGAAGCGAAUAUUUUCAGGUUGGUUGGGGGUUUUUGAAUUUGGGGGAAGAAAAUUUAAAAAUCCUUACUAGAAAAAAUUCCGAGAAAAAUUUGGGAAACAUAUUUUACUUUUUAAAUCCUUUGAAAUGUUCUUGAAAAAUUUCAUAAUAUUUUUCAGCAAACGGAACACGAAAAAAAUUAAGAAAAUUUUAUUUCAAAACAUAUUUUUUUUGAAAAAAGCAGCAAAAAUCUGGAAAUCUAAAAUUUGAAGAAUUUUAUUAUUCCAGAAUUCCAGGAAAAUCCUAAAGUUUUGAGAAUUUUGAAUAUUUUCCCGAACCCUAUAAUUUUCUUGGAAAACUAUAUUCCAGAGAAAAAUUUAAUUAAUUUUAAUUAUCCAUUAAAACGAUGUAUUUUCUGGAUCACGAUGAACUUAAAUUUUCAUUUUCCUACAUCUACAGUACCCAAGUUUUUGCACCAAUUUUCUCUUCCAACCUUCCCAAAAAAGCCGAAAAGUCCAUAGGUGCCAUUAACUGGCUCCUAAUGUGUUUUUCUCAAACUCAUCCAACCAAUUUCUAUUUCUAUCCAUUCUAGUCCCACAAAAAAACUCUGCAUUUUUUUGGUCCUGGUGUCGCCAAGAAAAAAAACAUGUGUGUUUGUGUUUGGGUAGUGUAACACAAUUAGAAAAGAAAAAGCUAGAAACGAGGCUCUUUGAGCCGGGAGGCGGGGGGGGUGGUAGAAAAAAGAUCCAUCUUAUUCAAAUUUACAUCUCACAUUCAGUUUUUGUUAUGGAAAUGACGAUCUUCUGAUAUGUCAAGGAGAUUAACAUCGCUGUUAAUCCACAAUUGGGUUAAAAUGUGGAUUUUGGAAAUUAGAGGAAUAGGGGUGCAUUUUCAUUAAUGAAAUUGUUUAACGUUGAGUCAUUAAUUAAGAGUGGAGCAAUUUUGUAAGAGCCCUCUGACCCUGGAAAGAUUCUUAUUCUCUAAUUCACACAAUUGUUUUUUCCUAAAACAAAUUACCGUAAUUCAAAUAAAUUCAAUAACAAAUAUCCUUUCGAUUUUUCCCAACCCGUCAUAAAUUAAUAUAAAAUGUUUCAAUAAUCAAAAACAAUUUUAUGACUAAUUAAAUGGUGAAACCCUUUUCCCCUCUUUUUUCUUCUCGUUUUAUCUUUUUCGUUGAUCUCCCAGGGCCUUCUGGCCUGUCGGGAUUUGACCCGACCCUAGCCACCAGAUGGACGGACCACCCAGAAGAGAUUACUUUUCAAAACAAACACAUAUGUAUAAUAUAUACACUAGCAGGACUGCAAAAAUAGAAUAAACUGAUUUAGACACAUGUACAUACAUAAAAUUGCAUUUUUCAGACCAAUUCAAUUUAUGUAUGCUGUUUUUUUUGUAUAUGUAUUUCUUACUUCUUUUUCUCCUUGGUCCCAUAUCCUGUUUUUGUUUGGUUGGAUCGAAAAAUGAUCAAAUUUCUAUUUUUAUUUUAUCUCGCUCUCUCUCUUGAAGGAUGGAAGAAAAUAACACGAGAAAGAAAAAUUGUAGGAAGCAAAAAGUAAUAAUAAUUUGAAUAAUAAAUCUCAAUUUUGUUGUCACCGAGAAAGGUUGCUAUGGCUAAUGGCACUAGCUGAUACUGCUGUCCAACGCGGAAAAAAAACAUGGAUGAACACACAAAUUGUUGUUUUUUAUUAGUAGUAGUCGGAGAAAAUAAAUGGAAAAAGAAUUCGAAUCCAUUAAAGGUGAUAAUUGAGAACACGAUUUAUGGGUUCAACUUUUUACUUUUUUUUGAAUUGGUGGGAAAGAAAAAGAUUGAUGGGAUGAAUGAAAUGGAAACGAUUGAACUAUACGAAAUUUUGUGAUAGAAUGUAACAGAAAAUUAUUAUAAAGGUCACAAGAAAAUUCAAAAAUGAUAGCUUAUCAGCUGAAAUAAAGAGAUUCCACACAGAAUUUUACUAUAAAAUUUUUUUCACUAUAAAAUUAUUUUUGAACCAUAAAAAAUAUAAUUUUUUUCAGAGUCUCGCCCUUCUUGCAUGCCUCGGAGCCGCAAUCAGUCUCCUCUUGCUCAUCACAAUAAUCAUUGUAUGGAUCUGUCAAUCUUGCCGCAAAAAUGAAGCGACUGGCAAAACCCGACGACGUGUCCGUCGAUUGUCAACGUGUCUUUUCAUUAUUUCCGUCCUCUGCUUGUAAGUUUUCCUAUUUUUCCCAGGGUAAAACCACAUAAAUAUUCAUUAUUACCCACCAUUUUUUCAAGUACUUUUUUUUCUUUCUUUUCUCUUUUUGAACAACAAAAUGAAAAUGAAUCGGAAAAAUGAAAAGGGGGGCUGAAUAAAUUAUGAUGAAAUGCUUUUUUCACACUUUGUUUGUUUUGAUCGAUGAAUUGGAAAGAAAAGAAAGAACAAAACAAUUUUGGCAAUAAAUGAAAAUCAAAAAAAUAAACAGAAAAAAACCAUUAAAAAUAAUUUCAGUAUUAUGUUGGGAUUAUGUUUGUUUGCCAAUGAACAUGUGAAUCGUGGAAUGUCAAUGUCAAUCAAUUCAGUUAUCAACAGUCAAAGAUCUUAUAAGAUUUCGAUGAUUCAAAUUGCACAAUUCCAAGAAUCUGCUUUGAAUACAACUGUUCAUUUGAAAGCAUUGGAAGAUCAAGUUCACGAGGAAAGCAAGAAAACCAAAAAUGCUACGGUACUCAUUUUGAUUUGAAAGAAAAUAUGAGUUAAGAAAAAUUAAUUUCUAUAUGAAAAUAAUCUGAAAAGUAGAUCAAUAUGUUAGGCCUCUACUAACUUGAUUAUUUCACAGAUGUAGAUGUUGUGGAACUAGUUUGAGGUUCAUGAAGAUCACAUAUGUGGAAACAUUUUUCGAACAAAAAAGUAGUUCAAAAUUUAAAUCUAUUGAAGCUUAAAUUAGAAUAAGCCUCAAAAAUUGUACAUUUGGAAGUCUAGAAAAACUCUGUAGCGAAGUCAAAACUUUUGUAGAAUUUUUUUUAAUCAUUGAAAUUCUGAUUGUUGCUUAUCUUUAUAUCCGCUGUAAAGCGUUUCAUUUUGAAAUUGUGAUUUUCAAGUCAUUUUUAAACUUCUCGAUUCUUAAAAAUCCUUUCAAAAUUUAAGAUCUCACUCAAAAUAUUCUCCACAACAUAAAAUCACUUUAUAUUUUUAUAAUUUACCAUGUUUUUUAUUCUGAAAUCUAUGCUUCCAAAUCUUCAUUCUCAAUUUUUUCCAGAUUGUCCAACAAAUUGACCAAAUUUUGACCAACAUCACCGACGAAGUCGACAUUCUUGCCAAAAACGGAAAACUCUUUGAUCAAAAACACGGAGCCGACCAAGAAACAUUGGAAAAUCUUCGCAAAUUUUUAUCAACCUAUGAAAGCGAGAGGUGAGUUAUGAUGGAUGGGUAAAAGGUGUUUGCCUCCUGGUGUAAUAAUAAAUGUAUAUGUGGAUGUUGUUGUUAUUGUUGUUUACGUUGAGUUGAAUGUUAGUAUUUCAUUUGGAGUUGAAUAGAGAAAGAAGAAAAGAAGAAGAAGAAGAAUAGAAGAAAGGGGGAACAAGAAAACCUAGGGGUCUCAUCUCAUCUGUCAAUUGCACUACAACACAACAUCCAUAUAUUUCCCCUAGUUCAUGUGACAGCCAUUUUUUCUCCAUUUCUGGAAAAAAAACGACUAGUGAUUGAUGUUUCUGGGAAAAAUACUACUACUACUGCUCUUUUUUCUUCACUAUGUAUAACAAUUUGGGAAACCCAGAAAAGGAAAAUAAAAAUAAUUUUUUUGCAGAUGGGCAUUCUUGGUGAUCGUUUUAUCGAUCACAAUGUGCGUUCUGUUUGCUGGUGUCAUCGCAUUCUGCAAACAAUCCAAGAAAGGAGCUGUUGUUUUCAGCGCAAUUGGAUUUUUCAUAUUUUUGGUUGUUUGGGUGCUCAUUUCAGUGUCACUUCCAGCUACAGUGGUGAGUUUGACAGAAUUGUUUUUGGUGGAAAUUGGAACACGGAAAAAUUUAUUUUUUGGGGUUUAUGAGAGCACAAAAGGGUUUGAUAAAUUUUCUAUAAUAAAAAAACUAUAAUUCAACUCACGAUAGGUCUGGGAAAUUCAAAAUUGCAAUAUUUGGUUUUAUGAAGGUUGAAUUUUAGGCUAAUUUUCUAAUUUCAGGAUUUAAAAUAAAAUUGGAUAAAUUUUUAUACCAAUUAAGUAAGGCUACCCUGAGAAAUAUUUUGAAAUUAAAAGAAAAUGACUAAUAUGAGCAAUGUUCCUGGCAUAACCUUUACAUAAAAAUUUAAAAAUACUAAUUAUGCUAAUCACGAUCCCAGAUUGGAAAAUCUCUCAAAAUCAGAAAACAUUUCAUUAGAUUUGGAUUUUUUGAAAUUUCACAGAUCUCAACCAAUUUUUUCAUGACUUCAAUUAUAUUCAAUUUAGACAUCUUGAAAAUUAGGUCCAAUUCUAGACUAUCAUUUUUAUGUCAGACAAAAUGAUAAAAAAUUCUGAUACUUCCCUAAAGUUUCUUCCAUCAACCUCAAAUAUCUUUUUUUCCAGGCUCUCUCCGAUUUCUGCCGCGAUGGCGAUCAAGUGACUCGCGAGCAACUCUCCAACCUCUACGACACUGUAAAAUUCUACAACACCUGUGUUCCAGCAACCAGCCACGACAAUUUACCAGCCCCAAUUGCGAAACAUGUUGCUCUACUCAACAAUAUUCCAAAUAGCAAAUCUCAACUUGAUCGGCUUAUGGAAGUUGCCUUCAAUGGAAGUCAAGCGGUGAGUUUUUUCUGAGAAAUCCGGAUGAAUCUAUGAAAUUUUCAUACAUUUGUAGGUCACCAAUGCUUCAUCGGUUGUUGGUAAUGACAUAACCGAAAUGCUCAAACAUUCUGGAGCUGUCUCGAGUUCUUCAUCUUGCUAUGUUUUCCAUGAUGAUGUCAAGAAUUUCUACUAUGGUGUUUGUGAUCAGGCUGUGUAUGUUGAACUUUUCUUGAACUUCAAACUGAAUUCAAUUUUUUUUUAGCGCUGGUAUGAGUAUUUAUUUGAUGAGUGUUUUCGUUUUGGGAAUCCUUCUGUUCAUUCUUCUUAUCGUCGUCUCAAAAACAUGGCAUCUAUUUUCAAGAUUGUGAGUUUAUUUUCUAAAAAGCAAAAAUUGAAAACUAUUAAAUCCUACAACAAAAAAUUUUUUAAAAAAUCCAUUUUUUUUGUUACCCUAACCGUGAAUUAAUCAUCACUGUUUUUUGUACUUCUUUUGUGUUCACAUUUUUUCGUAACCUGUCUCUGUCCUCAAGAUCGGAUGUGAUUCGUGUUCGACCAUUUCGAUACGAAUCCACAAGCAGUUCUGAUUGUGUAUGUAAAGCAUCGCCGUCGCCAAGACCAUCAAAAAUAGCGUCGGCGGUGAACAGUAAACGUGUUUCGUUUGGGUAGGUCAAAUAUUGUGAUUUCUAUCUACAUAUUUGUGGUUUUUUCUUUCUUUAGAGGUUUUUUUUGUAAUGGGUUAUGCAGAUUGGUAUUAUUUUGUUAAAGAAUUUUGAUAUUUAAAAAAAUAUAUCAAUCUGCAUAGAUCCGGAAAGUGUGGUUUUCAAAUCUAACUGACUGUGAAUGAUUUGCGAUUUUCAUUUAACUGCACCAAAUUUCAUUUUUUUUCUUGUUCAUUCAAUUUUCAAAAUUAUAUUUUUUUCCAGACCACAUGAAUAUGUCGAAGUCGAUGAGGAUGAUCCGUUCUUCCCACGUGGAACAACCGACUCAACAAUUCCAGUAGACAUUUAUGGAACCCAUGUCUAUAAUCCAAGAACUAGGUAACUUCACCAAUCUUUCUCUUGUUUUGUCUAUAUAUAUAUUUUUCAAGUAUGUGUGUGUGUCCUUUAAUUUUUCCAAUCUAUCUGUUAGCCACAUGUUAUUUUUCUAAUUUUGCACAUGUUUUUUUUGUAUCAGAGAUCGAACUGAGCCAUCCACAAAUACAACUUCUGGAACAACAGCGGCUGACGAGCAAACCGCUCCACUUUGGAGUCAAAAUACAACAACACAACUUGCAAAUAACAGGUAAUGAUGCUUUAUUCUCAAUUUGCUUCUCAAAAAGCAUGAUUCUUGAUUCUUGAUCUUGAUCCUACUUCUAUUUUCAAUGGAAACUUCUUCCGAGAAAAAAAUUAGCUAAUUUUUCAGAUAUCUAUAGAAGCAUCAACGAACAAUUUUUAAUAAAUAUUUUUUUUUGUAAAGAGAUUUUUCCAGCAUGGCUAGACAACCUUUCAUGUCCGAUCACCCCUACGGAAAUUAUGGCGAUAGAUAUGACAUGUAA